CGGCAACGGCAAAUGCUAUAUAAGACCCGAGAGCCCGCAUGCGCGCGGGGAAUAGCUGGUUGUCUGGUGGUGAGAGGAUGUCGCGCUACGGCCGUUACGGGGGAGAAACCAAAGUAUACGUUGGCAAUUUGGGAACUGGUGCUGGUAAAGGAGAGCUUGAAAGAGCAUUCAGCUACUAUGGGCCUUUACGUACAGUGUGGAUUGCACGAAACCCUCCAGGAUUUGCUUUUGUUGAAUUUGAAGAUCCAAGAGAUGCUGAAGAUGCAGUUCGUGGUCUAGAUGGAAAGGUGAUCUGUGGCUCCAGGGUUAGAGUGGAGUUAUCAACUGGUAUGCCUCGCCGGUCUCGCUAUGACAGGCCUCCAGCUCGGAGGCCAUUUGAUCCUAAUGAUAGAUGUUAUGAGUGUGGGGAGAAAGGUCAUUAUGCUUAUGACUGCCAUCGCUAUAGUCGUCGUCGGAGAAGCAGGUCACGUUCUCGAUCUCAUUCAAGGUCCAGAGGAAGGAGGUACUCUCGCUCACGCAGUCGAAGUCGUGGCAGGAGAUCCAGGUCGAUCUCAGCUCGCAGAUCUAGAUCACUCUCUCCUCGUAGAUCUAGAUCUAUCUCGCCACGCAGAUCUCGUUCAGGUUCUUUAAAGAGAUCGAGGUCUCGAUCCAGAUCAAGGUCCAGAUCCAGAUCUAUUUCAAGACCUAGAAGCAGCCGCUCCAAAUCAAGGUCACCAUCUUUAAAGAGAAGUUUUGCUAUGAGCCAUUUAUAUCCAUUCUCCAUUAACUCAGGCCGUUCACCAUCAGCAAGUCCUCGAAGGAGCGUGAGUCCUGAAAGAUUGGACUAAAAUUGCAAAGAACAUGUUAGGAAGAGUUUUGUUUACGUUAUUUUAAGGGAUUUUUGGUGUUAUUGAUAAAUGUAAAGAUUUAGUUGAUCAAAACCCUUUUUUAGGCCUAAUGCAGCAAGGAUCUGGAUCUUUUAGUAAAAUCAAUAAAAGCUGCUACAGUAGACUAGUGCACAAUUUCUUGUUUGUAACAACAUCCUGUGAUCUGAAAAGUGGGUCUUUUUACGGGCACAUUAAAUAAAAUGUGUAUUUCUAACUUUGCUGUAAUGCUAUUUACUUUUGUUAAUAUUUGAGGUGCAUGGUAAACGUAAAUUCCAAACAGCUACCUUAUGUUGUACCCAGAUACUGUAUAAGGAUGUCAGUUUCGAAUAAUUGUAACUAUAACUAGCCUGGCUUCAUCAAGCUUCAAUGUGGCUUUAAUUUGGUGCUUCAGGCUACCUGGCAUAAUACAACUUGCAAAGGUGUAUUAAGGAAGUUGCUGUUUGUCUGAUUCUAUAAUGGUAUAUAUACAUGAGCAUUCAAGUACAAUCUGUCAACUUGAAAACAGAGGGAUGCCUUUAUAUCACAGCAGGCACGAUACUCUGAGGUAUAUUCAGCUGGCCAUUUUGUUUGGCUUGUCCCUGGAAUAAUAAAAUAGCAUAGGCUUUGGGGCUGUUCCUCUUUGUUUUAUAAAAUGUAACAAGUGAACUGGGUAGGUCUCUGAAGGUAAUAUCUCUGAAGCAGAGAGAAAUCAUCCUAUUUUAGGAGGUCAGAAUUUGUGGUUCAUUAUUUUCUGUCCUUUGGGGGGGAAGUGUGCAAGUUCAAACUGUAGUAUAUUAGGUCUUCUGUGGCCCUUCCUGUGCCAUUUACAGCACACAUGUGCUGCCUAACCAGCUAUAACUCCCAUUUAAGGCUUAAUAACCUGCUUUUGUAACGAGAUCACUACUUAUUGGUUAAUUAAGCUUGGCAUACUAACAAAUAUCUGGGGUUUAUGCUUAAACAGAUGGGAGAUGUCAGCCAACUUCACGCCCUAAUUCAAUUGCUUGUUUUAGCUAGGGUGGUAAACCCACGGAAUAAAUCACUGAGUGGUAAAUCAACACUUGGUUCAAUUCCCAAUUUUAGUUAGAAUUAGAAUGUACUUCGGUGCAACCAUUUUUUUAUUAAGCAUGUUUCAUUUGGAAAUACUGUCUGAUGGUCUGCAGUCAAUAUUGUACAAAAUAGCUUUGCAUAUAAAUUUUACUGCAAUUUAAUUGCUGUCUAAUCAGAAUGCAUAAAUGGACUCCAGUGAAAAAGGGCUGAAAGCAGUAUUUUAAUAUCCCUGUUAGUCAGAAUGCAGUAACUUCCGUUUUUGCUUUUAAACUGUUUUGACAUGGAUAUAUUUAUGAUAGUAAAUAUGCUGUUUCUGAGAAAUAAAAUUCCUUACCAUUUUGUAA